AGAAUUACUGAGUCACGCGCAUAUUGACUUUUGAAAAAGAGGAGGAAAAAGCAAGGACCUUGAUUUUUCAGUUGUAUUCCAAUUUCUCUCCAUCGACACGCGCAAGACGUUCUCUUUUUUUUCAUCUGAAAUCCCCAAAGAACAUGUUAACUCGCGAGGACGUCUUAAUUCUCGCAGGGGAGGUCCGUGGUCUCAGUCUCGGACCCUCUGGCCGCGAGACCGAAAACACGCACGAUGAUUUCAGCAGUCACGAAGAUGGAGAUAGGAGAAGAGCUACUUCAUCUGCUAGUAUGCCUCCUACUGGCGUUGGAACGGGGUUACUCGGGACGUCAUCCGCAGCAGCGGCGGCGGCAAUGUUACAAGAUCCUCCGACUGCGUCUUCCUCGUCAACGACGCCGUUAGAGCGGUUGCGAACACUAACUGCCUAUGAUGACACGCCAGGGGGAGCGAGUGCGCGCUUUUCGAGGAUGCUGUCGGCUAGAGGGGGACAGCGGUCUUUGGUGGUCGACGGAAGUAGGGAAGCGACCGGGGAGAGGAUACAAAGGUUGAGAAAACACGCAGCGAACGAUGUUUGGGCAAGACACAGGAGAACGAGAGGAGCUAGAGGAGGAGGAGAGGCGGCUACCCCAGUGAUAACGGUGGAAAGUAGUGGGACCACACAGAGGACUGGAAGUAUUCAUCUUCGAAAUGAGGAUUUCAUUGUGAUCAUUUAUACUUUGAUUAUGAUUUCUAGCUCACGUUACCAUGGUGAGCAUUUGGAGUACAACUAAAAGUAUUAGUGGAGACGCAGGUAAGCAUUGAUACUUCCUACUUCGCUUUCGCAAUCACGACAGGUGCUACCAAAGCCUUGCCUGCUUUUUCUGGGGUGCAACCACCGAUCAUAAGGGUUACCGAAUUACAUCCCGCACCACCAUCCUUGGCUCUUUUUCUACUUGAAAAAGGCGCCAGGGAUGUUCUGAGGAAGGUAAUUCUGCAACCUCUAACGACCUCGCAACCUCCCUCGUUUCAACCAAGGCCUUCAUCGAAGCCUACGUCUGCCAAAAGAGGCGCAGCCAUACGAUCAUCCUCGGCGUCUUCAAAGUUAAGAAUCAUGAAUUGAGUUUUUUGUUGUAUCACGACCAUGAAGCAAGAUUAUCAAUAUACUUUGCCAUUUUGUGAUUAAUACUUUUGUACUGCAUAACUAGAGAUUAAUAUAGUUGUAGUCCCGAAAGUAUUAGGUAGACUUAUUGUAGAGACUCACUCUAACUUCUAUUAAAUAACUUCUCUACCUGAAACUACUAUCUUCACCAGAAUGAUUAUAUUGUUCUAUCUCAGUCUCUAAUUUCAAGUAGCAGUUCAUCCGCGCUGCGAGCUUGUUCGCUCAAAGGGUCGGCUGUGCCUGUGACCAUGUUGUCCGAGUUACGUGCUAGACGGAAAGCACAACAGCAGAGGGACUCGAGAAGGAUAGCAGCCGCGAAAGCGGACGUCCGUAAGAUCGAAGCAUCCCUUGCUGCACGACCAACACAGUUGCCUCGAUUCAUACCCCCAGAUAGACGCUCAAACUCACUGAACUUUAUGAGAACUUGGUGAUUCUGCUUUUUUCGUUGUUAUCUUAUCUUCGUAUACAAGAAUGCGAAAAAUUUUUUGUUGUUCUAAGGCCAAUGUGAGGAAUGUCAGAUUCCUCCACAUGAUUACGAUCAACAAAGGAUAGAGAAUUUUUCCUACUCUAAUCCACUCCCCCUCGCUUCCGCAUCCGCGCCUGGCAGUCGCUUACCCUCAAAAUCUGGCUGCAAAUUAGGCUCGUCUUCACAUUUGUCGUCAAAACGGCACGCGUCAAGUGCUAGUUCCUCAGACAACGAAAGGAUGGUGCCGCCAGACGCCUCCUCUAUACCGGGAGAACGCUCCUCUUUCAUCUUAAGGCUUGAGGCAACAUCUUGGCGACUACAUCUUGGCAACUACAUCUUGGCAUUCCUCCAAGAUCUUUUAUAAUUGUGCUGUUCUAAUUAUCAAUAGUAGCCGAGGAGGCACACCUAGGGUCUGGAUUUUUCCAGAGGAAGGUGCGGAAUCGUCAGUCAUCGCUUCGUCACUAGCAGCAACGCCAUUGACGCAAGACUUGCCAAGUUUUCUGCAGGAUCUUAUGGGAGGGAAUGUCGACAUGCAUGUUUAUUGAGAAUGCAUGAUUGUCUUCGCAGCAUAUUGGAGUUGUGCAUCGCCUAGUACGUAAUCUAGGAUUCGCUUAGAAAAUAUGCGCUCUUCUUGGAAGUCGUCUUUGGUGAAGAAGAUGUAAAGUGGAAUAUUAAACCCAAUCUGGGGAAGGUACUUCUAACUUUCGCAGUGGAGCACCGAAUUUUGCACAUUUACACAACCACCACCCAGCACCACACAACCCUUCUUCCCAGCUGAGACCUGGAGAUACCAAGACCCUAGCCCAACUCCACGCUGAACUAACAGAAGAACUUGGAGGAGGAAGUCGAAGCUUGAAGCGAGUAGAGAGAAUAGAACCCGCUGCUGUUCUUGAGACAUCAAUGACGUCAAUUAUGGUGUCUCAAGAACAUACUGAUAAUCUCUCUGAACAAAGCCAAAUAAACUCCGUGGGAAAUUCAGCUUUGGAAUCAAUAGUCCAAGAGAUCAGGGCGCGUGGAACUGCAGUGGCCUGUUCCGAAGCUUCGUUCGGGACGGGGGGGGCGACGACUCCUGGGGUAUUUUGAUGGAGUUUGUUUUGUUUUACCUAUUGAUUUGUUCUCUCUCGUGCGUAUAGAUGUGUAACUCUUCCAUCAUCUCGUUGUUUUAGAAGCUAGGUUCCGUGGUAGAUCCAUGAGCGAUAGGGAACCUAGCUUCUAAAACAACGAGAUGAUGAAAGAGUUACAUUCUUCUGCAGUUGACGAUUAGAUGGAUUUCUUCACUUCAAAUCCAUCUCAGGACCUCUCCUCGAUUGUGUCGUCGCACUAUAAAAAGCACUGGCGAGACGCGCAGGGCGACUGUAGUUUCACGCCACGUUUGGAUUUGACUAGGCGAAAAACGCAGCAACUGCUUGGCGCAUCUAGAACGAACUUUCCCACGGUUGGGGAUCGGCUAACCUACAUGGCGAAAUCGUACGAAAAGAGGCAUCAGAAGCUAAUAGACCGACACAAAACGAGUCGGGAAAACGUACCUUUGUUGUUAUUUUGAGAUGAAUGGUUGUGAUUCGGGAAAAGGAGGUACUUUUGUUUCUAUUUUAAGAUUUAGUGGAGUCGGGAGAACGUACUAAUCAUGACCAUGAGUCGUGAUAGUGACAUUUUUCUUGAUGGUUACAGAAUCCUAUUCUUUGGAGGUGAAUCGAAAUUCGUAACGGAUUCUUGUAAAGAAUGUGUAUGUUAGAGGUUUAGGGGACGUUGUCUUAAUCUAACACUUAAGACACUUAACAGCGUUUAAGACACUUAAUCUUUCUCUCCCGCAUGAAAACAGGAAUUUCUCGCCAUUGCGAACCGCAAGAAGACACUUCCUAAGAGCGACAAGAUGGUGCAUAAUGUGGGUCCAAUAGGCGCUCGCGUUAGUCGCAUGAUGGAAAGGAGAGCCGAAAGUAUGGAGAGGAGACGACUCGAAGUGGAAAGACAAGCUUUGCAAGAAUGUACCUUCCAACCGAAACUGAAUAAACCAUCAAAUACGAGGACGCGAAACAAAUUGUCGACGAGAAGGGGUAGUGGAGGUGUAGUUAAGACCACUUGAAGACCAAUUUCAUAUUGACUUGUACGCGGCUCUAGUAUUUGAGGUGGCAGAAAAAUAUGUAAGAAUGUAGUAAGAUAGUGAAGAACGAUCAUGAGUAUCUCGGUGUAAAUGGAAAUAUGGUUCCGGUGAGAUAAUCAAGAUCUUUCUUCCUUUUCAAGAAGAAGCGCGUCAAAUGUGUAAGGCAGAUACGACUUUUUUCAACCUUUAAUGGGGUUGACGGUGGAGGGUCGCGCAUGUCUGGCACUUCUACUCUGAUCAUGUCUGGUAGUUUUGUGCCACCUGGGCGACCUGAAGCGGCGUCGAGGUCUUCAGAAGUUACCGGACAUACACAGGAGCCAAUCCCUACUGUGAACCCAGAAGCUCCUACAAGAAGUUCUUCAUCAUCCUUCAAAAAUACCACUACUUCUCCAGCUGAACAGCAAUUAAUAGAUCUCUAUGGCGGAGCCGGAGGUGGUGGUGGCCAUACUGAUACUCAUACGUCAGGUGCUGCAUCACAUACAACUCAUACUAGUACUCAUACGGGUAGUCGUGGUCAUCCAACAUCAAGAUCUUCUUCUGGUGCAACUAGUGCUUCCACCUUACCUCCCAGAACCCGUGGCUUUCCGGCAGGAGGUCCUUCGAGUGAUUUUUACCGCAGACUCGAAAUAGCAGCAAGGAAAAAAAAGGAGAAGCUGGAAAACGCUGCUGCAUUUACGCCUUUGUCCGGAAAUCUCCCAUCUUGAAAAGCAUGCAUCUUGGACCUCCCGCGUAAGGGGGAAACGGAUCGUCCAAGAUGACUUUCAAAGUGGGAGGCUCCCGGAAGUUCUAAGGCACUGGCAGAGACUGCGGAGGUGGAAGAAUGCAGCUUUCGACCACAGCUGUGUAGUAAAACUGCGAAGUAUCUGCAAAUGAUGGGAGGAACUACAAGCUCUAGUACUAGUACUAGUAUUUUUAUGGCUACAAGAAAUCCAUCUCCCCCAGCAUCUUGGUCCUCCCGUUUUUCUUAAAGGGACGAAAAGGGGGCCCAAGAUGCACCCCGAGAUGGAUUUCUGGUCGUUCUAAUAGUAGUAAAGGUAUAGGUACUCAUGGCACUUGUAGAGCUCCUUCUCCUUCAUCAGUUGUGGCAACUGGACAAGUUGGCAGGGAAGGGACGCCUUCACUGCGUCAAAGGAUAGGAGCAGAACUGCGCAAAAGUACUAUUAAGGGUUGGUGUAUUUCAUUUUUACAGGCUUUUCUCCCUCGGGAUUGCUCUUUAAAAAUGAAACGUUUCAACCUUUAAUACUAGUAGAAGUCCUAGCAGUACAAGGAUGCGUGGAGUUUCCCUGUUUUCAGCUAGACGUUCUUCGACUCCUACACAACAAACAAGUGGCAGAAGAGCGUCAACGCCCACACAAAAAACCAGUAGAAGCGGUAGCACAUCUAAUCGAAAUAGUGCUAGUUGUACAACCACGAGUACUUCUACGGCUCGUCGACCAACGUUUCCACCGUAUAAUUCCACCUCUGCUAAUCACAAUAAUAACAACAGCGCCGAUCAUCAUCUUCAAGUAGGAGGAGGAAAAGAAGCAGAUGAAGAAUUUGAUCACAAACCAAUACCAAUACGAGGUGGCGGUGGUGGAAGUCGUGGUGGUGCAGGUGGUGGUGAAAAUGGGAGUCACUCUGGGCUAGCAAAUGCAGUUGUUUCUGCAAGUGACAAUCCGGCAUUAGCCGAGUUGUGUGAUGGCCUAGAAUAUCUAGGCCUACCAACAGAUCCACCACAAGAGGACGCAGGAGGAGCUGACGCGCCAGCGAAAAAGCGCAUCGUACUAAAAAGAAGACCUCCUCCUCCAGUGGCGCAAAAUAUCAAAGAGCCGAUUAUUAAUACGGACGGAGUAGAUCAUGAUGGUGCUGGAGUGGUUGCUGGAAACAUCGGUGUGAUAAAGCUGGAGCACUUGAUGCAGCAAGGUGUUCACUAGGCAUUAGGAUGAUGCAACAGGGUGUUCACUAGGUAUCAUAGGCUGAUGGGGAUUUUUCUUCAAAAAUGAGAUUCGGCGGUUCGGGCUUCUCCUGAAUAAGUUGUCCCAGAUAAUUCUUGGGUUCUUCUUUUUUACCGCACACGCACUAUUUUUCAAAAAUCGAAUUUCACAAAAUGUUCAGGGUGCUGCACUAUGCGACGUAGAAAGAAAUCACGCUACAACUUGAUCAGAAGUCCGUAGGGCUUCUUCGCUACAGUAAUAAUUAUAAGUUCGCUCCUAUUUAAUAAUCAAUAAGGCUAAGCAGUUAUCACAAGAUGCAAUCACACCAAGAGCUCUUAGAAACGAGGCUAAGGUAUUCAAAAUGAAUUAUUUCACUCCUAUUGCUGAGCUUCCUUUUUUUCGGAAUAGGCUUUAGACAAUUCUGGUUCUUCCUGAGGAUGCUUUUCAAGACUCUGCUUGAGAGCUAAGUGGAUAGUUUCGAGGAUCCAACUGAAAUUUGCGCGCAACGCAAUAUAGAUUUUGUGGCUGUAAAGGUGUAGAGGAGCGAGUCUAUAUAGCG